AUGUGGAUGAAGCUGAAUGCGAAGCAUGUGAGCACUGAGAGCGGGGAGCGCUGCGGAGUGAUGCACGUGCUCAUUGGUGCCGGGCUGCUGCGCGGCAUGCGUGUUGCAGGGGCCUUCCGGCUGUAUGACGUGGACAACGACGGCUACAUCACACGCGAUGAGAUGUACAACAUCGUCGACGCCAUUUAUCAGAUGGUGGGCCAACAGCCGACGGCGGAGGACGACAACACGCCGCAGAAGCGCGUGGACAAAAUCUUCGACCAGAUGGACAAGAACCACGACGACCGCCUCACGCUGGAAGAGUUCCGCGAGGGCAGCAAGGCGGACCCACGGAUCGUGCAGGCGCUGUCGCUCGGGGACGGCGGCGGCGGUGGCAGCGCCGCCCCCGGCCAGGCCGCCCCCGCCGCCGCCCCCGCCGUCGGCCACAGCUCCCGGCAGCGCCGCUCCCGCAGCGCCGCCGCUGGCCAGCCACCGGCGCCACCUCUUCUCCGGGGCAAACAUUUUUCUUCUUUCGAAUUUGAAAUUGCAGCAUCUUCAAAAUAUUUUUUUCACUAA